GCGGAAGAAGAGACCUUACCGGAAAAAGUCUACCUGGAGCUGUCCGCUGAACUGAUCAAGGAGCGUAUCAACCUUACGGCCACCGGUCCCGGGGAGGGACCAUCCAAGUAACCGUGGACCGGACGGCCACCGACCGCACAGUUGCAGUCAAUGCUCCACACGAAACCCCUGCUCGCGAAAGGAGUUUUGCACAACCGGAAAAUGCUGACCCAGUCGCAGUUUUCGCAGAUUCAGUUCUCCGCGGUGCUGAACAGCUACACCAUGUUCUACAAUGUGGCCAAGGCCAUCAACUUUGUCGAUAACGCCACUGUUCAACUGAGCGCCGAUGGUGUGAAGGUGGUCGUCGAAGACUGCAAAACCGUCCAAGCCACCGCAUACAUAACAAAAGCCUGCUUCUCGGAGUACCAGAUAGCCCAGCCCAGGAAACGCAAAUCGAUCGCGAUGGACGGUGAAGACCACGAGACGGCGGACGACAACGAACCGUUGACAUCGUUCGGGCUCAAUCUGAAGGUGUUCACCGAUUGUCUGAGUAUGUUCAUGGAUGGGGAUUACGAUUCCACCAUGAAGAUGCUGUACAAGGGCGAUGGGGCCCCGUUGGUGGUCAUCCUGGAGCGGCGCUGUGAAGAUGAACUUAUCACCGAGUGUUCGGUCAAAACGAUGGAAGCGCUGGAGAUUUUGGAUUACGACUUCGAAGAGGAUCAGGUUUGCAGUAAGGUUAGCAUCAAGGGUCAGGAUUUUUUCGCCCUGCUGUCGGAGAUGGAUCGGAACUGCCGGGAGGUUGAGCUGUUCAUCUCCCCGGACGCCCCACAUUUCAAGUUCUCCACCUUCGAUGAGCUGGGGUCGGAGUCGAGUUUCGAGAUCACCAACAGUAGCGAUAUGCUGAUUUCGUUUCACAGUACCGAAACGACCACUAAUCGGUACCAGUUUGCCCAUUUCAAGCUGGUCAUGAAGACUUUGGCACUGGCGUCGAAGAUUGCGCUGCGAACCAACAAGGAUGGAUUGCUCGGACUGCAGGUGAUGAUCGAAAACUCCGAAAGCUCCAACAUAUUCGUGGAGUACUUUGUGAUGCCUCUGUGCGACGGGGACGCGAAUGAUACGGUCAUUUCGUGUGAUUGAUUUUGUUUUAAUUUGGGGAAUAAAUAUUCACGAAACUAGACAAUACUUAAAAUACGGUGUGCCGACUAUUGGUUCUACAUAAACUGAAAAAAAAAUAUAAGGCACCGUAAUCCGCUGUGAUUCCUCCAGGG